AUGUUUUCCAAGACGAUCAUCGCCACCGUCCUGGCCGCCGUGGCUAACGGACACAUGCUCAUGAACACACCGGCACCAUACAGCUCACCGGCUCUGCACAACGGCCCUCUCCAGGCGGACGGGUCCGACUUUCCCUGCCAGCUGACGAGCGGCACCUCACUCAUGGCCGGCAGCGCGUCCAACACGUUUGCCCUGGGCUCAGAGCAGGCCCUCAAGUUCACCGGCGAGGCUGUUCACGGCGGCGGUUCCUGCCAGAUUUCUCUUACGUACGACACCGCCCCGAGUGCGAGCAGCACCUGGAAGGUCAUCCGGUCUAUUGAGGGUGGCUGCCCGGCCGAGGGCCAGAGCGGCAACAUGGGCGCCGACGCCUCGGCUGCCGAUCCCUACACGUACAACUUUACCGUUCCCACCGACAUUCCGACCGGCAGCGUCACGCUCGCCUGGACCUGGUUCAACAAGAUUGGCAACCGCGAGAUGUACAUGAACUGCGCCCCUGUCACCCUGACCGGCACUUCGGGCACCCAGGCCGCCUACGACAGCCUGCCGGACAUGUUUGUUGCCAACAUUGGCGACGACUGCGGCACCGUCGACAGCACCGAUCUGCUCUUCCCCAACCCGGGCAGCGAUGUCGUCCAGCUCAACGGCGCCACCUCGGCCUUCUCCAAGCCCACCGGCACUGGCUGCCAGGUCGCCGGUGCAAGUCCCGCUGCUGCCAAGUCUACUGGCGGUGCCGCCACAACUGCCGCUCUCUCUCUCUCUCUCGGUGUCACUAUCGCUGGUGGUGCUGCUGCCACCAAGUCAACCACUGCGGCUGCUGCUGCUGAUACCGGCAUCACUGGUGCCGUCUUCAUCACCGUGGCCACAGAUGGUGCCGCUGGUGCCACCAGUACCCCCGUCGCUGCAAAGACGACCUCCACCCCGGUGGUGGCUGCGUCUCUGUCAACCACUGCUGCAGGCACCAAGUCAGCUGCUGCAGAGACAACAGCUGCUGUAGAGACAACCAAGUCAGUUGCUGCAGGUACGACCAAGUCUGUCGCUGCUACGACCUUUGCCACCGCCGCUGCCACCGCCGCUGCCACCGCCGCUGCCACCGCCAGCUCCUCGUCUGCCACUUCCGGCACCGAGCAGACUGCCGGCUCUGCCUGCUCUCCCGAGGGCACCUGGAACUGCAUGGGCUCUUCGUACCAGCAGUGCGCCAGUGGCACCUGGUCGGUGGUCAUGGCACUGGCUGAUGGCACCGAGUGCACGGUCGGCAAGGCCGCCACACUGAGCCUGGCUGCCAUUGACGGCAAGAAGAAGCGGUUCGCCAUGCGCUUCCGUGCUUAG